ACCCUACGACAUAGACGGAAUAGGAAAAGGACUUAUAGAAAUCUUUUAAAUUUAAAACGGAUCAGUCGGCCGGGUCUACGAAUCUAUUCUAACUAUCAAAGAAUUCCUAGAAUUUUAGGUGGGAUGGGGAUUGUAAUUCUUUCUACCUCUCAGGGUAUAAUGACAGACCGAGAGGCUCGACUAGAAAGAAUAGGCGGAGAAAUUUUGUGUUAUAUAUGGUAAUCCUUCUAAUAUCCGAAUUCAAUACGAAACUUCUUAUUUGUGAAAAAGAAAAGAGAAGGGGUGGGUUGUCUAAUAGGGUUCUUCCUCCACUAGUUGAUACUUCAAGGGGGUUUUACCUGUAAUGAAGAACAAAAAUGGAUUCAUGAAGGUUUAAUUACUGAAUCGCUUCCCAACGGCAUGUUCCGGGUUCGUUUAGAUAAUGAAGAUAUGAUUCUAGGUUAUGUUUCAGGAAAGAUCCGACGUAGUUUUAUACGGAUACUGCCAGGAGAUAGAGUCAAAAUUGAAGUAAGUCGUUAUGAUUCAACCAGAGGUCGUAUAAUUUAUCGACUCCGAAACAAAGAUUCGAAAGAUUAGGUGUUUUUUCAACUUCACUAUUUAUUUUGUAGGAAUACGAUUCAAAAUAGAAAAUUUCAAGAAACUUAUUUUCUUCCAAAAAGUGGAUUCAAAAUUAAAGUAAGGAGUGGGAAAUAUGAAAAUAAGAGCUUCUGUUCGUAAAAUUUGUGAAAAAUGUCGACUAAUCCGUCGUCGGGGACGAAUUAGAGUAAUUUGUUCCAACCCAAGACAUAAACAAAGACAAGGAUAAUCAGCCUUGUUAAAGACCCGAUAUAAAAAUAAGAAGGGGAUCUGUUUUGACAUGAAAUGGAUAUAUCCAUAUAUCUCUGACUCAAAUUUAUGAGAUGAUAAAAUAUGGCAAAAGCUAUACCGAAAAAAGGUUCACGUGGACGUAUUGGUUCACGUAAGAGUACACGUAAAAUACCAAAGGGGGUUAUUCAUAUUCAAGCAAGUUUCAAUAAUACCAUUGUGACUGUUACAGAUGUACGGGGGCGAGUGGUUUCUUGGUCCUCUGCCGGUACUUCUGGCUUCCGAGGUACAAAAAGAGGGACGCCAUUUGCUGCUCAAACCGCAGCAGGACAUGCUAUUCGUGCAGUAGUAGAUCAAGGUAUGCAACGAGCAGAAGUCAUGAUUAAAGGUCCCGGUCUCGGAAGAGACGCAGCAUUACGAGCUAUUCGCAGAAGUGGUAUACUAUUAACUUUCGUACGGGAUGUAACCCCUAUGCCACAUAAUGGCUGUAGACCCCCGAAAAAAAGACGUGUGUAGAAAUAAAAAUUGAAGAUAUUUCAAUAGCAAGAGAAACAAAG